AUGGAGGGUGAAGCCGCGGAUUAUUACGCAGUGCUAGGCGUUUCGCGCAACGCUUCGAACGAGGAGAUUAAGAAGGCUUAUAGAAAGCUUGCCAUUCGAUGGCACCCAGACAAGAACAAAGAGCGUCAGGAGCAGGCGACCGAGCGCUUCAAGGCUAUUUCCGAGGCCUAUGAAGUUCUCUCGAACGAGGAGAAGCGCAGGCUCUACGACAUUAGUUCUUCGGCUCCUAGCAGUGCCCCUGGAAUGCGACGCACUCAGUCAGGUGCAGCAGCAGCAGCAGCAGCGGCGGCAGCGGCUGCGGAGUUCGCCCGUUUCCAUGAAGCCUUCCAAUUCAGCGAUGCUCAGCGCAUUUUCGAGAUGGCGUUCGGCGGCUCGCCUUUUGGACGGGGGUCCUGUUGGUGUUUGCUGCGUCCUCUUCUUUUUUCAGGAGUCACCCAUCGCUCCGUCACGCACACGGAAGAUGAUGGAAGGGGCAACGUGAGAACUUACCAAGGCGAUCCUAGCAGCGCUUCUUCCUCGACCAGAAGACUUCGCUACUAG